UAUAAUUCAAUGUUUUCAAUGCUGCUUUCUGCCCGGAGAGCAACUACGGUUGCACUGUGUUCCUAUGUUACAGUGAGUCAUGUGAUUAAAAAUACUCACAUAUGAGCAGUAAAUGUAAGAACUUCUUGUAUUUCUCUAAUAUUCACCGCUAGUCACUCAAGUCAGAUUAUAUUUAGCAGCUGCACAACAAAACCAAAGUGGACUGCUUUGCCCUGUAGUCUCGAAACUGGGGAAGUCAACUUGGUUUAAGUUACAAAACAGGGAAGUUGGUUAUGUGUUGCGCUUCAGCUCAAACUUGUAAACUAAAGGAUUUCCUAUUUAAAAAUCACCCAUCUAAGAUCUCAUUGCUGCGCUCUCCUCUGAUGUGGGCUUGUCUUACGAUGGGUUACAUGGCAGUCCUGUCUGUGAAUAUGGUGACAGCCAACAUGUUACUGAGUGUCUUCUUUAUUUCAGGUGCUUUGGCUCAAUGUCCUAAUCAACCACCAGCCAUCAUCAUUACUGCACCACAGAAGAUGGAAGCACUGAGUGGAUCUUGUUUGCAAAUCCCAUGUAACUUUAGUGUUAAAAAAGGAGAUUUUACUGGCAUGAGUAUCUUUGGAGUGUGGAUUAAACAAAACAACAAUUUAUAUCCAACUAACAUAACUAUUGACAAAAAUGAUCCAAUGAAUAUUAUUGGAAAUCUGUGUCAAAAAAACUGCACCACUCUGGUUUCUAAUUCACUCACAAAUCUUACAAACACAUACUUCUUAAGAAUUCAGAACUUUGCGAUCAGUGGAUCCAAAGCAACAGCAUGUAAUGAUCCUCUUCAAGUAAAUGUUACAGAUUCUCCUCCGAGCCCCAAAAUUGAGAUCCCAGCUGAUCUGAAGGAGAAGCAAUCUGUCACUAUAACCUGCUCAGCUUCCACUCCCUGUCCACACUCCCCUCCUAAACUCACCUGGAACCUCCAACAAGACUCUCACAGCAACACAGAGGAAAACACAGAUCGAACCUUUACAACUAAAAUCCAGGAGACCAUCACUCUGUCAGACCAACAUGAUGGAUACAACAUCACCUGUUCUGCCAGAUAUCCUGUGAAUGAAGGAAAAGAUGUCAAGACAGCAGAGGAGAGAAAGACUCUCAGUGUUUCAUAUGCUCCUAAAAACACCUCAGUGUCCAUCAGUCCAUCAGGUUUGGUGUCAGCAGGUAGCUGGGUGAACCUGACCUGCUCCAGCAGAGCCAAGCCUCCCGUCAGCCGCUUCACCUGGUUCAAGAGCAGCACAGAUGGACCCAAGACUGUAUCUGAAGGAGAGGUUUACAGCUUCAAGGUGACCAAUGUCACUGAUGAAGGAGUUUAUUACUGUGUGGCCACAAAUGAUCUCGGUAAUCAGACGUCAGAGUUCCAUCUGACUCUUGAAGGAUCUCUAAACUGGGGGGCAGUUCUUGGAGGAAUCCUUGGAGUCAUUUUACUUGUCUGCCUGGUUGUCAGUGUUUGCGCUGUCCUGUGUGGGAGGCGGUUAAAGUCGACACAUUCAACUCAACAACUGAGUCAGAGUCAUACACGUGAAGAGCUGGCUGUUGAAAACCCAGCAUUUAAAACUGAAGAAAAAGAAGAAGACAUCCAAUAUGGUGAGAUCGACUUCUCCAACCAGAGACCUGAACCGUCCUCUGACUCAGCGCAGGACAGUGGACAGCAGCAGGAUACUCUGUAUGCACAGGUCAAAGUGUCCCAGCCAGCGAACAGCUUAACACAGACUGCUGACGGCCCAGAGGAUCUCUACGCUCAAGUGAAGAAAAAAUGAUUGUUUUUUUGUGGAAAGUGAUUACAUUUGUGUAGAAUUCAUAUUAAAUGUACCUUUUUUUUUAUUCAGAAGCUAUUUUUAUGUUGGUUAAUUUAGAAAAAGACACUGGAGCCUGGACAUCUUAGUAAUAGUAAUUAUUUUCCUUUAUCUGCUUAUCAGUUUUGCUUAUUGUCUUUGCAAUUGCAAUACAUACAUGUGUAUAUAUACACACAGUAUGUGUUCAUCCAGCACACUGUUUGCUUUGUAAAGAUAUGUUGCAAAAACUCAUGUCGUGUAUUUAAUGAUAAAGUUAGCAGUAAAAGCGGGAACUUGCAUUUCUCUAAUAUUAAAUUGAGCAUGAGUUGCUCUGUG